UCUGUGCUAAUGUGGUGUGGCAACUCGAACUGAUGUACGUACGUACGAAGUUCUACGUUGUUACUGAUUGACUGAAACCGGUUUCACAAUUUUAAAUAAAUUAAGAAGGAAUGAUUUGUGCAAAGAACUUUCUUAUCAAUUAGUUUUCAACUAAUUGAAAAGAAAGUUCUCUCAAUUCGUUCCUUCUUUAUUCACCAAAUGUCAAAAUGGGAAUUUUCACUAUAUUUAAAUAAAUUAUUCUACAGUUUUGUAGGCGUUCCUGUAAAAAUCUUUCUGCGGUUUAAAUCCAAUUGAUGUGGAUACGAGUUUCGUCUCGAUAUCUCUUCUGUAGACGUUACCGCAAAAUACAUAUGCAAACAGAUUGUUCAAAAGUGGAUUCGGAUGUGUUUUCGAAUUUCUUCCCGUAUUUUUUUAUCCGAUCAAUAGCUAAUCAAGAAUGUAAGAAGCUGGUUGCAGAACUGUUUAUUCCAUAUUCCAUCCCAGCUUCAACUAAUUUUGAAGUUCAGCAGGAUCGUAGGCAACGACGAUUUUCUUUUGAAUGUUCAGUUCACGAACCCUUAUCGGUUUUCUUCACUCGUCUUAUAUCUUCCAUUAAUGGCCAGUAUUUGAAAGGAAGGAGUAUAUCAACCAAUAACAGAGUUUAUUUAGCUACAAAAGCUAACUUGGUUUGCAAAAGUACAGAUGGAUCAACUGCUUUAACGGAAUUUAGUAAUGACAAGACUCUUGAAGAUUGUUUUCUAUCAGACUCUACUGAUAACAAUGCUAGUAAACCGUAUCAAUUAUUGUUGCAAAUAAACUUUUCCAUGCAUGACUAUCCUGAAAAAAAUACCUUGCUUGUUUAUGUUGUCCAGAGAAACCCAGCAUAUAUAAUCCAAUGCCGUUUAAAUACAAUUCCAAUGGUGGGUUGCCCUGUUGUACCGCUUCUCGAAGGAGAAAAUAUAUGUCUGACAAAUUCUGAAUUUCUAUGGUUUGUUGGACAGUCUAAAAAAUGGCCAGAUAAACCGUGUCACAAAGGCUUCUUAUUCAUACCAACUGAAGAUCAUGUUGGUUUAUCAAUUCAGUUGAAAGUUCAUGUACGUGACAUUAAAGGUAUGGCCGGUGUCCCAUUCGGAACAAACAAAUUUUUUGAUCCUUAUGGACAACCGAUUGAAUGCAAAUCGCCUGUACUUAUAGCUCCUAAUCAAGUAUUUCAUCAGCAGAGGUAUAAGUGGAUUGAAAACAAUCAAUUAGAUUCACAACAUUUACGUGUUGUAAGUUACAAUAUUCUGGCCGAAAUGUAUGCUCGAUCUGAUUUUGCUCGUGCCCAUAUAUUCAAACAUUGCCCAGAGGCUUGUAUCAGUUCAGCCUACCGAUUACCGUUGAUUUUACGUGAACUGUUUUCUUAUCAGUCGGAUUUUAUCUGCCUUCAAGAAGUCGAUCGAUGGAUUUACGACAAAUACCUUCUAAAUGCUUUAAGAUCCCAUCGAAAUAUGGACGGCAUAUUCUUAGCCAAAAGAGCAGUCAUAACUGAUCCGAAUGAUCCGGCUAAAGUUAAAGUUGACACAGAAAAAGAAAAGGCUGAAGACUUGAUUCUCCCUUCACUUCCAGUUUCGAUUUAUGGACCAUUACUUAGUCAUCAUCAACGUAAAGCUUAG